AGUCAGUCAGGCUGGACAGCAUGGCCACACCCCUUUGGCUCAUGACCCCACCCUCAUGGCUCCCGGCCCCGCCCACCGCCAGCUCUGGGAAGGAGAAGGGGGAGGAGACUCACGGCAGUGCUGGAGUACCUGACAGGCUGAGCCUGUCAGUGUUGACACCUGUACCUGCGGACACACCUGCAGACUGCGGGAGGCACCUGCCCCAGCUGAGAGGGUUCGUUUCAGAGAGUCACACACUGGGCUACACUGAAAUAAGAAAGGAGCGCGUGUUCCCAAGGACUGCACUCAGACAGGGACUGGCUGGUACAAUGCAGAAAGAACGCAGUGGACUGCCAACGGCAGACAGACAGGCGGUGUUAAGGACAACGAAGGUCCGUGCCACACUGAAGGGCGACCAGAGCUGGAUACAGCACCGCAGCACCUCCCAGGAGCAGGAAGAUGAGAAACCAUGGAUAACAGAAGUGAGGGAACGUCGGAAUAAUGGAGCCUUAGCUGAGCCCACUGUCACUUCAACCCCCUCUGAAAGCCCGAGGCCAGUCUCUCCUGGAUAUCUGAUCAGAGGGGUUUUCACAAAAACGGAUUCCCAGAAGGACCCAUCGUCCUCCAGCGCUAACAGCCACGGCUCCAGCGCCGAUAUCCCCAAGAGCAAAUUUGUGCCUGUCACCAAGAAGUCCACAGACGAUUACAAGAAAAUAGCUCCUCACGGUGUGCGACAUCAGUUGUCUGGCGCCACCCAGGACGAGCCCACAGUGUCCCCUGAGGAGCACAGCAAAAGGACAGAGGCUGCCAGCAGCGUCCUGCGCACCUCGGGCACCAAGCAGCGCUCUUACGUCCUGUCAGCCGCCAAGAAAUACGAGAGUAUUGAAAAAACACAAAGCUCGGAUGUACAGCCAGCUCUUUCUUUCAAGGCUAAAAGGGUGGAGUUUAACGAUGAGGAUGAGCGAUCCAAGAGCCCCGAAGGCAGCACCCGGCCGAUCGCCCCUGUCCCUGAGCCCCAAAAGACACCCCCUGUUCCCCAGCCAAACAUGCAGCAGCAGCCUGCUCCCGGCCCGCUUAGCAAGACCAGUUCCACAGCCACCAAAGCAGGGCUGGACAGUCCACUGAAGACAGAGGGGGUAUCUCCAGGGGUAAACCAGAAGAGCUCUCAGGUGGUCAGUGACAAGGCCCCAGCUCCCAGGAACGACUUUGACAAUGUGGAUCUGGCCUCUCUCAUCUCAGACAAGACGGAUGAGGCUCUGGUGAAGCCUGUUACCCCUAAAAGAGACUCAUGCAAACAGGACCCUUCUCCUGUGGCUGAUAGCACACAGACACAGAAGCCGGCCAUGGACAGCAAGACUGCAGUCACCCUAGAACAACUGGCAGCAGACGUGAUCCCCAUUGACACCAGCACCAAGAGCUCGUUGGACUCCAAGACUGACCCCUCUGGCACAAGCACAGUCACCAGCACUGUUACGAACACCAGCUCCUCAGACACCAAGACAAAUCCUUUCAGCACAAACGUAGUCACCCCAGCUGUCACUAAGACCAGCACUUCAGACACCAAGACUAUCUACCUCAAGAUAAACUAA